UUUUCUUGUAUUAUGCUAACAAUUUAAAGAAACAGGUUGUUUGGAAAAAAGCUGUGCUUUUCUGCCUCCCUCUUGUUUUUUGUUGUUUGACGAUUAGCGAAAAUAUAGUUGUUUUCUAUUUAGAUUCUAGACUUGCUCAAAUACUCUUCUCUCAAGUAUCAAAUAGACUUGGAGCAUGUCUAGAUCCUAACACAUGCUACUGGCAGUUAAAAAGGAAUGUGAGUGUUUUCCGCCUGGACGAACCAAUGGGAUGUAAUCUCUCCCGCCUUGAGGAGGUCAAAUAGAAAAGGAGAAUGAAGAAGAUGAGGUUUAAAGUGAUAAUUGUUACAUCAGCUGGAAAUUUUUACUUUGUAGAACUGGCUCCAUGCAACACUUUAAACCUUAUUCCUGCUUAGGCUUAUAAGCACUACGCUAAUAGGCACGCCAUGAGCUACAGAAGUAUCACUUACCAAAAGGUUGCAAACCAUUGGGAGAAGUCAGUCAUUAACAUUCGAAUAGGUCAUUAAUGAUUCUCUCUUUGGUUAUUAUAAUUAUCUCUCUCUCCUCAUUAAUGAUUCAUUGUAGCAAACUGCAAUUUAAUUCAAUCUGACAUUCGUUCAAGAGAGGAUGGUGGCUUUUAUCUUCUAUAAAACUCUCUGAACGAAUUGAUUUUCGAUGAUAAGGUAUUUGAAUUGAUUGAAUACUAGAAAUUUAUUUGGAGGAAUGCCUUUUCAUGAUUAAGCACCAAUGGCCUAUAGCAACCAUAUCAUAUUCAUGGUAGCUGAUUCUUUCAUCUUGUUACUAUGAACUACCUACAUCAUAUCUAGCAUAAUUUGUAUCACGAGGUGCACUACGGUUUCUUCUCUUGAGCAAAACGAAACGAGAGAUCGUCAAAAUGCAAUCAAUCAGGGUUUUGCUAUUCUCUUAUACACUAUUUAUGUUCGGGAUAUUUUCUUCAUCAGGUCAAAUUUUUAACUCAACCUGCCGAAGAGAUGCAUUGUUUGCUGCUUCAGCAAGAGACAAGAAGCAAACCAAUGGACUAAUAUCGGCCCAUAACAUCACGAGGCUGCCAUUAUGUGCCAAAAAAUGCACCUCUACAGCAACCUGUAUGACAAUCAACUACAAAAUUCAGACGAGUUCAAGCCAAGACUUGAAUUGUGAAUUGCUGAAUACAAACAUAAGUUCUUCGUUGUCAGUUGCAGCUGGUUGGGUCCACUACAAGCCUGUAAUACAGGUUGGUCCUCGUUGCCGUGUUGUAACAUGUGAUCCCGGGUACGAAUGCAAAGAAACCUGUGCGACCCAAGUAGGCUAUGAGUGCAUCGAUAUCAAUGAAUGCCAGAGCAACCCUUGCCUAAACGGAGCAACUUGCCAAAACCUGGUGAAUAGCUAUUCCUGCACUUGCGUCCCUGGAUACGGGGGUACGAACUGUCAAACAGACAUCAAUGAAUGUGCAAGCACCCCUUGUAAGAAUGGCGGCACCUGCUCUGAUGGUCUUAAUCAAUAUACUUGUGCUUGUGUUUCUGGAUACAUUGGUACAAACUGUAAGAAUACACCAACGCCAGGAUCAUGGGUAACCGGUGACGGUACUGGCGGAAUCGAGGUCAACAUUGGUGCUUUCUCAGACAAAGAGGCAUGCCUUCGCGAGUGCAGCAAAAGAACGAACAAUGGUAUAUAUGCAAACGGAGCAACAGUCAAUGCUGUGACUGGGUCGGUCUCUUGUUUUUGUGAGUUUGGCAUGACUUCAAGAAGUGGAACAUCCUACAUUAGUGCAUUCAUUUCUCCGUCUUGCACGACCUACAACACUUUAAGUGAUGCAAGCCGCCAUAUCACUCAAACUGGAGUUGUUAAUUGUGACAGUGCCCUGGCAGGAUCAUAUCGAUUUAUGGGAUCAGCUGGUACUAUGAUGCCGACGUCUUGCGUAACUAAGCUCUACUGUUCGACGCAUGCUCCGGGAUGGAUGCAGGGGACACAUCCAACUCAGGCUGAAGGGGUAGUUGAUCGUACGGUGUGCUUCAAUUAUAGUGGUAAUUGCUGUGUUUGGAACAGAGCUAUCAAAGUAAGAAACUGUGGAUCCUUUUACGUCUAUGAGCUGGUUUCAACUACCUGCAGCUUACGGUACUGCGGGACUGGCUAGACGGACACAAUCUGAGAUUGGCAAAGUGUACAUACCUUAAAUAAGUACAUCAUUUUGUAUUUGUAUCCUGCGCUUCAAGAAAUGGGAAACAAUUUAGAAAAAUAAGGGUUUGGGCAGGGUUCUUUAGAAGAUAAAUUUUGCAUCAAAAAGAGAAGCAUUCUUAGAAUUUAUUAGCAACCAAAUAAGUCCAUUUCUAUCUACAAAAGGUAUUCCCAUCGAGAACGUAGAAAGUUCCCGGAAAGGGGUUUUUGCAAUGCUUUUGGAUAAGUAAACCCUUCUUGAAAAUCUCCCUCACAUAAUUACACACGAUUCUAUUGUGCAAUAUAAUGUAUAGAUUUCUUAAAUUACUUCAAAAAAAAUAUGAAAGUUACUCGAGUUUUUUCUAAUAUUAGCAGUAUGAUUAAUGUUAAAUAUGAACUUCUUCUUUGCCAAUGUUUUUUGGUUUUAAAGGAAAUUUGUUAAAACAAGAUUAAUUCGACAUUGUGCCUUGCUGUACAUC